AUGGAGGGUUUGCUACAGCAUGGCACAUGCCCAAGGCUUUGGGAAGUGGCAUUUGAUGCCCUGUCGGCCGAAGACAAGAAGGAUCUCGAGUUUGCCCGCGCUGACGGUCAACUCCAACCCUCGGAAAUUGUGCAAGUGGUGGAACAAAAGAAGCAGGAUUGCGUCAAGAAGCAAUGGGAUCUCUACACUAACAAGGCGGGUGAAAAGGUGCCAGUCCGCGACGUGCUUGGCAAGAUGGUCGAGUGGAUCGACAAAUUCAAGCAGGUGGGCGACAUGGCGGUGCAGUUCGACCCCGGCCAUGCGACGAUCCCCUGGGCCGUGGUAAAGAUGCUUCUCCAAGCGGCCGUAAACGAUUUCCAGACGUUCGGCGCCAUGGCCGAGAGCCGAGAGCGCAUUUCGUGCAUCAUUGUCCGAUAUACCGAUCUGGAGACCAGGGUCCUCAUCCGGACCUCCGUUCUCACCAGCCACCUCUCUACCGCUCUUGUCAGGCUCUACAGCAUCGGUAAGACCGCCAAGAGGAUGGUCGAGGAGCGCCUCCUCCGCAUCGAGAAGGACGAGGAUGCUGUGUACAAGCUCGCGACCCUCGUGCAGAAUGAGAUCUCGGGCGUCAAGCUGGAUGAUAUCCUCAGGGGCAUCAAACAGAGCGUCGAGAGCUUUCACGCCGGCCAGGAGGACCUCGUCAGGCACCUGCUCAGCCGCGGCGUCAACGUCUCCCAGACGGGCGGACAGUACGGCGCAGCCAUUGUCGCGGCGGCCGCGCAGGCGAGACCGAGCAUCACGGCGCUGCACCACGCCGCCCGACGCGGGGACCUCGAAACGGCGCGGUGCCUCACUGAGCGCGGGGCGGACAUCAACGCGGCGGCGGCAGCAGCAGCGACAACGCAGCAAACGCCGAUGGGGCUAGCAUGCCUGCUAGGACACGGCCACGUUGUCACCUUCCUCGGCGCCCUCGGCGCAGAACUAGAGGAUGCGACCGGCGUAGCAGCGAUGCAGAUUGCCAUCCGGAACGGCGACAAGGAAAUGGUCUCUGUCUUGCUCUCCAAGGGCAUCUCCCCAAACGCUCCCUUCUCGGAUGGCCGCAGGCCGUUCCACAAGAUGUGGUGGACUCAUGCAUUUGGCGACCAAGGGGAGAAAGAUGAGGCGCGGGCGGAUGACAGGAACAUUGAUUCACAGGACUAUUACGACGCCUUCCUAGAGGUUUCAUCCGCCGUCAGAGAAAGCGAGAUCAAGGACAUGCCCUUAAGCUAG